AUGAAAUUGCCUGAGAAGAGACUAUUGACUAAGGAUGAUAUGCAACUAUGGCAAAAUUGCCAGACAAAGAGUGAUCUUCUAAAGUUCUUAUGUGAACUGGCGGAUGCCGUCAAAGGUCUUGAGAACUCGCAGUACAGUCAACCCAUUGGUGGAUCCAUACAAUCUGUUGAGGCACUCAUAGAAUGUGUCGAUCAGUGCAUUGAGAAUCAUCCGGUUGAAUCUACUGGCCCAUCAAGGUUCGGCAAAGGCGAGUUUCGUGACCUUUAUGAUGAUAUUUCAGGCCGUUCUAGCGUGCUCAUCAAAGAAAAGUUUGGUUCUCUAACAGAUGAGCAAGUUGCUCAGCUCUCGGUCUACUUUAACGAAUCGUGGGGGGAUAAGAGUAGAAUUGAUUAUGGAUCGGGUCACGAAUUAAACUUUCUAUGUUUCCUUUAUGGGCUUUACCGCUGCGGAGUAUUUGACUUGGCUAAGGAUAAUAGAAAUUUGGUGCUUAUUGUAUUCAUGAAAUACCUUAAAACUAUGAGAGUAAUAGAGACUGUAUACUGGUUAGAGCCAGCGGGAUCUCAUGGUGUUUGGGGGCUCGAUGAUUACCACUUCUUACCUUUUCUCUUUGGAGCUUCUCAGCUAUCGACUCAUCGCCAUUUAAAGCCCAAGUCGAUUCACAAUCCUGAAGUAGUUGAAAUGUUCUCUGAGAAGUAUCUUUACUUCGGGUGCAUUGAUUUCAUAAAUUCUGUCAAGACGACAGCUUCAUUAAGGUGGCAUUCUCCUAUGUUAGAUGACAUAAGUGGUGUCAAGGAAUGGGCAAAAGUGUAUCAGGGUAUGGUUAAGAUGUAUGAUGCGGAAGUUCUCUGUAAACUUCCCAUUAUGCAACAUUUUUAUUUCAGUGAAUUCCUGCCCUGUCCUGAAGGAGUUUCACCGGCAAGGAAGCAUUCACACACCAAAGAAGAUUCCUGUUGUGGUCAUGAUGAGUUGCGCAAUACAUGGGGUGAUUGCUGCGGCAUCAAAAUUCCAAGUGCCAUUGCAGCGACCCAGAUGCAGAAGAAAAAUCACAAACCAAUUCCCUUCGAUUAA